AUGGGUCGUAUUCAUAAAGAAUAUUAUAGCGCCAAUGCAAGAUUUUUAUCAGAUGAAGCGAUCAAAGAAAUUAAAACAUCAUUUGGCAGAGUGCCUGAUGCUAUUAAUACCAUGGCAAAAAAACAUCGUAUAUCCUAUAUUCGGGUCAAAGAAUAUAUUGAGAAUCGGGAGCGUAAACAACAAAUGAUAUACUCUCAUUCAUCUCAGAUACAAAGUGAAAUUUCUCCCGAAAUAAUAUCAAUAUCUCUAGAUCCGAAGGGUCAUUGCGAAGCAAUAAAUAAACAGACAAAAAAGAGGCGACCGAAGUCCAAAUCUGUUCGAAUUUCUGAUCCAACCACUGUUAUUGAUACCCCACUCGAUCAAGCGUUAAAUGAGGGAGAGAAACGAAUAGAAUAUUCAGAUUAUGUAUUAAAUACUCACGAAGUGACUACCUUUGGCAAUUCUUGA